CUUACGAUUUCAAACAUUACAACAGACAACAAAAGUGAAAACGAACCACACUCAAAAAGAAGAGAGAGAGAGAGAGAAUUCAUUAUUUGUCUGAAAGCACAAACAAUCACUGCAUCAAGGCAGCACUACUCCAUUCUCCAUCUUCUCUCUCUAUACCCCUACACUUUGCUGUAUCUAUACUUACAUUAUUUUUAUCUUCUGAGAGAAGCUCAGGAACAACGAAUUCUGUACAUAUACUGCAUUUGUAGGGUUGUUGCUGAAAAAAUACCCCUAAAUUCAAGCAUUUUUUGAUUGGAUAUUGCUGGAGAUUUGUUGGUGAUCGAACUUGAAUCAGACGAUCGGAUUGUAGUGUUGAAGAUCUUCAUCGUUGAGGUCAGUUUAUGAUUCCUCGAUCGUUUUUGUGUUUUCCGUAGUAAGUUAAUUUGGAUAUUUUUCUAUUUGGUUGUUUUAAGUAGUUUUCUUAAUGUUUCUGCAUUGCUUUGGAUUGAGCUGAUACUGAGCUGCGAUAAUGGCCUAGCUGAAGUUGAUGUGCGGCAUUUGAAUUUUGUUUGGGCAUAAUCAGAUCUGAGGCAAUAUUGAAUUUAUGUGCAUUUCCCGAUUGAUUUUGCGGCGUCGAUGCAGCUCAAUUUGAAGUGCAUUUGUGGUUGCUUACAGUUUCAAUUAUGAAAUUACUAGCUGUUGUAGGAGAUCAAUGCAGAGAGUUUUCGUGUUCUGAUAUUCAUAGGUGUUAGGAAAUGGUGGCGUACAUAUAUGAUUUAAGACAGUGAAAACAAUAUCAUUAAAAUGGAAAAGAUAAAGCCGGAUGCACCUCUAGAUUAUGCGGUGUUCCAGCUUUCGCCAAAGCACUCACGAUGUGAGUUGUUUGUUUCGAGUGGUGGGAGCACAGAGAAACUUGCUUCAGGACUUCUUAAGCCAUUUGUUACACAUUUGAAGGUUGCCGAGGAACAAGCUGCCUCUGCUGCACAGUCUAUCAAGCUCGAUCCUGGACGACAUAGAAAUGCUAAUGCAUGGUUCACCAAGGGAACUCUUGACAGGUUUGUACGAUUUGUUAGCACCCCUGACGUUCUGGAACUGGUUGACACGUUUGAUGCUGAGAUGUCACAGUUGGAAGCAGCACGGAGAAUUUAUUCACAGGGAAUGGGCGACCAACAUUCUGGUGGAGGUGGAUUUGGAUCGACUGCUGCAGAUGAUGCCACAAAGAAGGAGCUUCUCAAAGCUAUCGACUUAAGGCUUGUAGCGGCGCAGCAGGACCUAACCAAUGCCUGUGCUCGUGCUGCGGCUGCUGGGUUUGAUGCUGACACUGUUCCGGAACUUCAAAUGUUUGCUGAUAGCUUUGGUGCUCAUCGCCUUAAUGAAGCUUGUGGCAAGUACAAAUCUCUAUGUGAGAGGCGGCCAAACCUCAUCAACCAAUUGAAAUCGGGGUCAGAAGACCGAGCUAUUCGUUCCUCAUGCACAUCAGAUAUGUCCAUAGACAAUGAUCCGCCCUCUCCACCAUGUCCAGAACCCAUCACACAUCAACAGCCCAAUCCCCCAACCAUCACCUUCCCCUUACGUCGCACUUCCAGCAGAGAAUCCAGUGUAGAGACGGACGGGGGAAAUAAACCGGACAAUGCCACUGGUGAAAAGGACAAGAAAGAUGAGACCUCAGCUCCUGACCAAACAGGUUCUAUUCAAGCCAGUCAACCUUCAAGGCGACUCAGUGUUCAGGAUAGGAUAAACUUGUUUGAGAACAAGCAGAAGGAGAAUUCUGGGGGGAAGCCCCCUGUUGUAAAAUCUGUCGAGCUGAGGAGGCUGUCAUCUGAUGUGUCGAUGAUGGGAGCAGCUGCAGAGAAGGCAGUCUUAAGGAGAUGGAGUGGAGUUAAUGAUAUGAGCAUUGACUUGAGUGCUGAAAAGAAGGACUGCGAUAGCCCGUUAUGCACUCCUUCCACAGAAUUGCCCGAGGAGCAUAAGAUUUUGGAUUUGAACAAUGAUACAGUAAAGAGUUCUUCAAUGGUUGAGCCUGAGUCAAAUGUCAUUCCUAGUGAGAGCCGGUCAGAGAUUGCUGGGGUAAAGGAUCGGGGUUCUUUAACGGCACAGAUUAGGCCUACUGGAAGUGAAGGUGGUUGGCAGGUUCGUACUCCGAACCCAAAAGAAGGUUUUGAAACAAGGGAUAAGUUUGCUGCGCAAUCAAGCUUGACAUCCACCUGGAAGACUAUGGAAGAGUCUUGGGCUUCUGAAGGUGAUUCUGGUUCAAGAUUGCAAGAGGCUUUUGAUGCUCACCAUAAAGAGAUUGAAGAUGAUUCUUCUUCUCCUCAGCAAGAGUUGAGGUCUACUGGGGAAACUGAAGUAGGAGAGAAAACGGAAUCUGUUGAAGAUUCUGGACCUCGGAGGAUGAAGUUCAAUCGAAAGGUGUCAGCAGCUGACCUUGCUAAGAAAACAAAAAUUCUGCCUGAUGGAAGUAGGAGGACACCGUUUUCUGGUAAAACUGCAACGGAGGCUCAAGAAGAGUUUGAUUCUUUUGCUACACCUCCGGAGCAAUUUCAGAGGGGAAGGCAGACAAAGGGUAACCAGGAUCGCAAUGAUGAGUUAAAGAUGAAAGCAAAUGAGCUUGAGAAGCUCUUUGCAGAACACAAAUUGCGAGUUCCUGCAGAUCUGUCCAACUCUGCCCGUAAAGGUAAAUUAGAUGAUGCACAUCAUUUGCCAGUGAGUAGUUUUCAGUGUUUGAAACCAAUACCAGAUAUCUCCCCUCAAUUUUCUGAUAGUUAUAAGUCAAAUGAGCCAACUGGAAAGUUGAAGAACAAAACCAAGUUAAAUGCUUCAUCUUCCAUGAAAAUUAUUGAUAGUCAGAACAAAGGUGAUGCUUUGAAGAAGAGUUUCUCUGAGCUUAGUGUUUCAGAGGGUUCUCGAGGGAAACUCUACCACAGGUAUAUUCAGAAGAGGGAUGAAAAACUGAAAGAAGAUUGGAGUUCCAACAGAACACAGAAAGAAGCCCGAUUAAAGUCCAUGCAUGAUAGCCUUGAGAGGAAUAAAUCUGAGAUGAAGGCCAAAUUAUCUGGAAGUGCAGACAGGCAAAUUUCAGUAUCCAGUGCUCGGCGGCGUGCUGAGAGACUCAGAUCGUAUAAUAGCAGGUCAACUUUAAACAGGGACCAGGAGCAUUUAGAUUUUGGAGAUUGUGAGUUUGAUGAUGAUACUUUGGAUUUCCAAGAGAAGAAUCUCCCUAAUGAAGAAAGGGCUGUUGAUGACACGUCUUUCGAGGAUGGCCUGUCUAUGACUGCACAGGGGAAGAAGCUCAUACCUAAUAACAGAAAAUUUUCAUCAGCUACUCCAGUUUCAAGGUCUGCUUCUAAAACUUCCACUGGUUCUGUAAAGCGAAGAACGCAACCUGAAAAUCCUCUUGCCCAAUCGGUUCCCAACUUUUCUGACCUGAGAAAAGAAAAUACUAAACCUUCUUCUGGAGGUGGCAAAGCAACACGUUCACAGGUAAGAAACCAUGCUCGUAGCAAAAGCAUAACUGAAGAAAUGGCUAUUGUCAAGGAGGACAAAUCACGCAGAUUGCAGGCAUUGAGGAAAAGCUCAGCGAAUCCGAGCGAGUUGAAGGAUGUAUCUACUCUGGACUCAGAUGGUGUUGUUUUGACCCAGAUAAAAUUUGAUGAGGAAAUUUCGAGAAAUGUUGGUACCAAGCCUUUUCUUAGAAAAGGUAGCCGUGCUGCUCGAACAACUAUUACUAGGCAGAGGGUCUCUGUGGGAUCUGAACCUGUAAAUAAUAUGGAUGAAAAUGGUGGCAUUGCCUCUGAACCUGAUGAAUGCAAGAAUACCAUUAAAGACGAAGGAGAGGAGGAGUUCAAGAGCUUGAAUGCUGAAGAGGAUAACAUUUUAGAAGAUAGGGAACCGGAACUAGAUAAAUUUGCGAAUUCUGAAUCUGAAAAUGGUGACGACCCUCUCACCUUUUCUGCAGUGGACCAGGCUUUGGGUUCAAAAUAUCCAAGAGAAAUUUCUUCGUGUUUCCUCCCUGUCGACACUAUGCAAGAUUGGCAUAAUGGAAGUCCAAUGUCAUGGAAUUCUCGUACUCAACAUCCAUUUUCGUAUCCCCACGAGACAUCUGAUGUUGAUGCUUCUGUGGAUUCGCCAAUUGGAAGUCCUUCAUGGAAUUCACAUUCUUUAAAUGCGAUGGAGGCUGAUGCUGCGAGGAUGAGGAAGAAAUGGGGAGCAGCCCAGAAGCCUAUGGUAGCAGCCCAUUCAUCCAAUAAUUCAUCUCGUAAGGAUAUGACUCGAGGAUUCAAAAGGUUGCUGAAAUUUGGAAGGAAGAAUCGUGGCUCGGAGACAAUGGCUGACUGGGUCUCUGCGACCACGUCAGAAGGAGAUGAUGACACGGAAGAUGGACGAGAUCCUGCCAGUCGUUCCUCAGAAGAUCUCAGGAAGUCAAGAAUGAGAUUUUCUCAAGCUCCACCUUCUGAUGAUGGCUUCAGUGACAACGUGUUUUUCAACGAAUCAGAACAAUCUUCACAAAGUUCUAUCCCAGCACCUCCAGCCAACUUUAAACUAAGAGAGGAUCAUGUUUCUGGAACCUCGAUCAAAGCUCCGAGAUCAUUUUUCUCGUUAUCGACGUUUAGGAGCAAGGGAAAUGAGUCCAAGCCCAGGUAACAAAAAUUUUCAGUAGACUGUAAAUUUACUCGGAGUGGCUUCUAUGGCACUAGCAUAACUAAUAUAAGUGGUAAAUGAGUGAGAGAGAUGCUUUAUAUGCUAAUAGAAUCCAAUGGCAUCUGUGGAGAUUUAGUUGUAAUGUAGUUUCAAAAUAUUAUAUUUUUUGUAUAUUGUAACAACUGAACAGUUCCAAUUUGUGGAACAUCAAUGUGAUUUUUGGUAGUUAAAAAGCAUUCUUUCUUACAA